GUCUGGGAUAUGUCAAUAAUUAGCAACAUCAUUGAUUUAGAUGCAUUAUUAUUGUUUGUGCAGUGUCAGAUUUCACACACACACACACACACACACACACACACACACACACACACACACACACACACACACACACACACACACACACAGUUGUGUUUCCAUGUUUUAUGGGGACUUUCCAUAGACAUAAUGGUUUUUAUACUGUACAAACUUUAUAUUUUAUCCCCUAAACCUAACCCUACCCCUAAACCUAACCCUCACAGAAAACUUUCUGCAUUUUUACAUUUUCAAAAAACAUCAUUUAGUAUGAUUUAUAAGCUGUUUUCCUCAUGGGGACCGACAAAAUGUCCCCACAAGGUCAAAAAUUUCGGGUUUUACUAUCCUUAUGGGGACAUUUGGUCCCCACAAAGUGAUAAAUACACGCUCUCACGCACACACACACACACACACACACACACACAUGUUGGUGUAGCAAUCAUUAUGAGAACUCUCCAUAGUCAUAAUGAUUUUUACACUGUAUGAACUAUAGAUUCUAUCCCCUAAACCCUAAAAUUAACCCUAAAAAAAAAACUUUCUGCAUUUUACAUUUUCAUAAAAAAUUGCUUAUGUUUUACAUAACACAUUUCCUCAUAAUCCACAUUUAUAGCAUAAUACCCUUGUAAUUACCAGUUUAACCUUAAAACUACUUAAACCUGCCCACACACACACACAUGCAUGCACACACAUUUCUCAAUACAAAUAAAAAACACACUCUGACAUCCAUACCAACUCCACCACACAAUUUUAGCUGCAUCAUUUAUUCAGUUGGCCUGCACUGCUCUAUAAUACAGCGAACAGAAAAUAGAAAAAAAGCAUGUAUUUGCUCCAUAGGCUAAACGUGACGAAAAUGGCGGCAUCUUGUGGAAAAUAUAAAAUGUUUUAUUUUAAUCCAGGGCAUGGGAAAGAAAGCAUAAUAUCAUAAAAUUCAUGAUUUUAUGCUUUGAUGACACUGGGAUCAAAUAUUGCAGUUUUAACUGGUUUCGAUGGUGGCAUAUUUGUCCUGAAGGUCCUGAGUGUAACUAUUUUGUGUAGACAGUGUAUUUAUAGGAACUGAGGUGUGAGAAACUUGCUUCCUGAGAAACCUGGGUUGCUGCAACUAGUGGUUUUUAGCGCAACUACGCGUUCUGUUUUAUUUUGUUGAGCCCUGUCUAGCUGUUUUAGGACGCAAGAACGCGUCUGCUGUCUAGGUAGGUAGCACACUAAGUUUGUUUUGAAACACAGCCAGUGUGUGAGCGCGCUUUCGUUUCGCUUCGACAAUACGCGUUAAAAAUGACUUUCCUGGAUUACAGGUAGAGUUGACAGAAGUCAAGAAAAAACGAUGUAACGUGUAGAGAAGCCUUUUGAUAUAUGUAUAUAUUUUUUCAUUUGGACAUUUUUUGGAAGACUUCUACAAACAGAAUAAGUUGCUUUAGUCCCACUUCGGCUGAGGGAAAAAGAUGGAUCGUGUUUCUUAAAGCCAUUAACAGACUCUCCGUACAAGUGUGACGACGAAUGCAGGCUCUUAAGAGUUUGAAGGGUUAUUUUUGUCUCAGGGGAGAUGGGGGGCUGUUGCAGAUGGUGCUACAGGACGUGCACUUGUUGUAUGUCUGAAGACGAAAGGAACGCCAUCGUCAUACAUAAUGAAAUCAAACGCAUCCUCGCCGAACAGAAGAAAAGAGAACGCAGAGAGAUCAAAGUGCUUUUGUUAGGUACAGGGGAGAGCGGAAAAACAACUUUUAUCAAGCAGAUGAGGAUUAUUCAUGGAAAAGGGUAUUCAGAAGAAGACAGGCGUGCCUAUGCUAAACUGGUUUACCAGAAUAUCUUCACAGCUAUGAAGGCUCUGACAGGGGCUAUGAACACCCUUAGGAUAGCCUACAGUAACCCACAGAAUGAGAUACAUGGCCAACAGUUUCAGGAAGUAAAAAUACUUCAGAUGACACAUUUGGACAGAACGUAUUUGGAAGCUAUUCGUCAAAUUUGGGCUGACACAGGUAUCAAGGACUGUUACAGUCGUCGUAGAGAGUACCAGCUACUGGAUUCUACAGAAUACUAUAUGACAAAUUUGGACCGCAUUGCUUCCCCAAACUACAUCCCCACAGCCCAGGAUGUGCUCCGAGUGCGAUUCCCCACAACAGGCAUCAAUGACUACUCCUUCAGUGUGGAGAAGAUCACCCUCAGGAUUGUGGAUGUAGGUGGUCAGAAGUCAGAGAGGCGGAAGUGGAUCCAUUGCUUUGAGAAUGUGACUUCACUCAUAUUUUUAGCCUCCCUCAGCGAGUAUGACCAGGUACUGGAGGAGAAUAACAAAGAAAACCGUAUGAAAGAGAGCUUGUCGCUGUUCUACACAACCAUCCACUCGCCAUGGUUUGCUAAUUCCUCCAUCAUCCUUUUCCUAAACAAGAUGGACAUCCUGGAGGAAAAGAUCCAAACAUCACACUUAAAUACAUACUUUCCAAAAUUCUCAGGCCAGAUGCAAAGUGUGAAGGACGCAAAGAUCUACAUCAGUGACCUGUACCUUAUGCAAGGUUCAAACCGCGAGAAAGGCGGACGGAAGUCCAUCUACCACCACUUUACCUGUGCAACCGACACCAACAACAUCCGCAAGGUCUUCGAUGAUGUCAAGAAAACUGUUCUCAUUAAGGAAUUGCAGUCUUAUGGUAUGCUUUAAGAUGUGAAGGGGCUUCAUCUGGCGCACCGCAGAGUAACAGGGAUAGUUCACCCAAAAAUUCCGGGUUUGCAAGUUAAGAUCAAUUGAGAGCAUCUGUGGCAUAAUAUUGCUUACCACAAAAAUAAAAGGAAUAAUUAACCCAAAAGUAAAAAUUAUCUCAUCAUCUACUCACCCUGAUGCCAUCUCAGAUGUGUAGGACUUUCUUCUGCAGAACAUAAAUUUAAAGUUUUUAGAAGAAUAUUUCAGCUCUGUAGGUCCAUACAAUGCAAGUGAAUGGGUGCCAAAAGUUUGAUGCUCUAAAAAGCAGGUAAAGACAAAAUAAAAGUAAUCCAAAAGACUUCAUUGGUUAAAUCCAUGUCUUCAGAAGUGAUGUGACAGGUGUGGGUUUGAAACAGAUUAAUAUUUAAGUCAUUUUUGCUUGAAAUUCUUCUCCCUGCCCAGGAGAAUGAAGGAGUAUGAAGAAUGUGAAUCACCAAUAACACAAGAAUAAGAAUGUUAAAGUGGAAGUUAAACUGAGCAGGGAGGAGAAUUUAUAGUAUAAAAUGAAUAAAAUAUUGAACUGUUUCUCACCCACACCUAACAUAUCCUUUCUGAAGACCUGGAUUUAACCACUGGAGUCUUAUGGAUUACUUUUAUGCUGACCUAUGUCAUUUUGUGGAGCUUAAAAUUGUUGGCACCCAUUCUCUUGCAUUGUCUGGACCAAAAGAGCUGAGAAAAAUCUUUGUUUGUGUUCUACUGAUGAAAGAAAGUCAUUCACAUCCGAGAUGGCAUAAGGGUGAGUAAAUGAUGGGAGAAUUUUCAUUUUUGGGUGAACUAUUCCUUUAAAUGUGAGUAGAACCUGCUUUUCUUAAAAAAAAAAAACAAUCUGGGUUACAAUGAGGCAGUUACAAUGGAAGUGAAUGGUGCCAAUCCAUUUAUGUUAAAAUAGUCACAAUUUUAAAGUAUAGUCACAAAAUAUAAACAAUAUGUGUGUUAGCGUUAUUAAAUCGCUUACCUUUUCUGUGUACAUUUUUAGCCAAUUUUACAACUUCGUUGCCAUGACUAUGUGAUGUCAACAAACCCUAAAACCCUAAAAUUACUGUAAAAAUGACGAUUUAAACAACUUUACAGCUCAAUAACAUACAAGUGCUUUUAUAAAAUUACAAGCUUCACAUUUCUUCAUUUAAACCCUUAAAAAAUGGGCUCCAUUCACUUCCAUUGUAGGUGCUUCAAUGUAACCUCAAUUUUUGCUUUUUAAAAGAAAAGGAGUUGAAAUGAUCUUUGAUGGUAAUCAACAUUAUGCCACAAAUGUUGUCGAUUGAGCUUAACUUGUAUAUUCCUUUUAAUAUGUAACACAAUUUAGUAAAUAAUUAUCAUUUAUUUCCUGGAAAGGCUUUUAAUAUAUGAAGGGUACCAAUUGAAGAGCUACACAAAAAAUCAUGUCGUAUGUAUUUGUUAUGGCUUUGCUGAAUUUAUACUGUAUUUGAUAAGUCAGUAAGUCAUUGACUUAAGAAUGUAAAUACCUCAGCCUUUUUUAUUCAGUGAACUUGAUUUGAACUUAACUGACGGAGUUGUAUUUGGAAGUAUUUUGUAACAAGAUUUCAGCAAAUGUAACUUUCUAACUGUCUGUAAGCUUUUCUGAAAUAUUUUUCCAAUUUCUUUCGGAAAAAUUUAAAAAUGUUGAUAAUUGAACUGAAUAAGCUGGUGGACUGUUUUUCAUAUGGGUCAGAUAUACUGGAAACUCAUUUGAGUUAGUUUGUAAUGCAAAGUCACUUUGAAAUGCAGAGUUAUCGAGAUCCACUUUGAGCAUCUGCUCUGGAACAAUUUUUAGAUUAUCCCUAAAAUUACUGUGUACUCUAAGUGAUUUUAAAUAAAAAGAAUUUGCUUAA